AUGUAUAACCCUAAAAUAAAAUUAGAAGAUAAAAGAAAAGUGAAAAGUUUUAAUGAGAAGCUAGCACGUCCAAUAAUUAUAUGCUAUGACUUAAAGACAAAAUUACCAAUUCAAUUAAAAUAGGUUUAGUAUACAGUUAAUAUAUAACCUGGAUUAGCAAUUGUUUAAAUCUGUCAAAGUUAUUCAACUGAAUAAAAUUAGAAUCAAUGUGAUUUAGAAUAUUUAUACACGAUUUAAGAAAAUUCUGCUGUAAGUUAGAUGAUUGUUGAACUUGGAGAUAAAAAAGUUUAUGGUGUUAUUAAAGAAUUAGAGGAAGCAAAAAAAGAAUAUGAAAAGGGAAUAAAAGAAGGUAAGACUAUGGUUUUAAGUGAAUAAGAUUCUAAAAUCUCAAAUAUAAAAAAGGUAAAAAUAGGUUGUUUGAAUCCAGGUUAAUAAUUGAAAAUCUUAUUUGAAUAUAUUUAACCCAUAUAGGUAUUUCUAAAUUAAUUUUGGAGAUUAGAAUUAUCUCCUAUGAUAGAUACAAGUUAUCUAACAGUUCAUUAACUAUAAAAUGUUUAUCAGGAAUAUGCAUUUUAUUACUCUUAAGUGAGUGGCAUUAUUAAUCUUGAAGCUAUCUAAUUAAAUUAUCAGUAAAACAUUUCUGUAAUAAUUGAUAUGGGAAAACCUAUUACAUAUAUCAAUUCUCCAACACACAUAGUAAUGAUUAAUAAGGAUAUAAAUAAUUUGAAUUAGAAAUAAAAUAAUAUAUAAACUUCAUAAAGUUAAUUAACAAUCACCUUAGAUAGUAAUCAUCCAGGUAAUAUGGAUCCAAAUAAAAAGUUUGAAUUGUUAUUUACAUCAGAUGAUAUUAACAAAUCAAAUGCUAUUUUGAGUCAUACAAAUAAUGAUGCAUUAUAACAUAUAAAAUAUUGUGCUACUUUGACACUUAUUCCAAAAUUUAAUGAGUUUCCAAUAGAAGAUGCUUAUUAAUCAUAUUUAAGCGGUUUAAAUUUACCUUAAUAAACAAAUAUCUAAAGAGGAACUUAUCUUUUUUUCAUUGAUCGUAGUGCUUCAAUGAGAGGUGAAAGAAUUAAAAAGGCAAAAUAAUCUUUGAUAUUAUUUUUGAAGAGUUUACCUGAAGAUUCUUUAUUUAACAUAAUUUCAUUUGGUAGUAAUGCUGUUAAAAUGUUUGAUACUUCAUAAUCUUAUAAUUAAAAUUCAUUAAAUUAAGCAAUAUAAUAGAUUGAAAUUAUGAAUGCUAAUUUAGGUGGUACUAAUAUUUAUAAAGCAUUAGAAAUGGGUAUUUAUGAUCAAAAUUAUUCAAAAAAUUAAAAUAAUUUAGAAACUAUUAAUGCUUUUUUAUUAACUGAUGGAGAAGAUUCUCCAGAUUAAAUUAUUAAACUUGUUCUUCAAAAUUAAAGACCUGAAACUAGAGUAUAUACUCUUGGAAUUGGGGAUGGUUGUAGUGAAUAUUUAGUUUAAAAAUUAGCUGAAGUAGGAAAUGGAAAAUGUUAAUUAGUAGGUGAUAAUGAAGAUAUUAAUUCUAAAGUUAUUGAUUUAUUAGAAGAUUCUUUAACUCUAUACUUAAAAGGAUUUUCAUUAACGCAUAAUAUUGAAAAAGUUUCAUAAAUUAUUCCUGAUCCACAAUCAAUUUCUUUAUUGAAGAAAAAUCAAGAAUUAACUAUAUAAAUUUUAUUCUCAAAAAAAUAAAAAUAAGAAAAUCUAGAAUUCAAAAUCAAUUGUUAUGAUCCUUAAUUAAAUAAGUAAAUAUCUUUUGAUGUUAAAUUGAAUCUAAAUCAAUCAAAAGAAAAUGACUAUUUUCAUAAAUUAGCUGCUCAUAAACUUAUUAAAUAUUAUGAAAAUGCAAUUUAAUAUGAUGAUUAAAUUAUAGAUAAGGUUAAAGUCAAUCAAAAAAGCAUUACUGAAUAAGAUAUUAUAAAUUUGUCAUUAUAAAAUCAAAUUUUGUGUUCCAGGACAGCUUUUAUUUGUGAAGUAUGUCAAAAUGAAAAAGAUCUAAAAAAAUUGAUUAAGAAAAAAAUCAAAAUUAAUAAAUAAAAAUAUGAAUAUGAAUCUGAUAGCAGUCCAGAUAGCUAAAUUAAAAAUUAAAAAGGAGGAAUUAAAUAUAGUCGAAAAUAAUGUAUUCUUUCUAAUAUACAAAAGUGUGAGAAAAGUAGCAUGCCAAUACAAUGUUAAGAAAUUGAAUAGUCAGAAAAAGUUAUGCUUUAAUCAUAAUCUGAUAAUGAGUUAGAAUAAUAAAUAAUUUAAACCCCAUUCAUACAAUAAAACCAAUAAUAAACUAAUAAAUUUCUCCCUAAAUAAAGUAUCUAAUGUAUUCUGGAACCAAAAAUACUUGACAAUGAUUUUGAAAUGAUAACAUUUGUUGAAUUAGUUGACUGUUUUUAAGCAAACGGAAGCUUCCUUUUAGAAAUACAUAUUGAAGAAUAACUAAAAGUUUGUUAAAUAAAUAAUAAAUUUAAUUUAGAAGAUUAAUGUUGGUAAACACUUCUUUCUCUAUUCUAUUUGGAAAUUUUUUGUCAGAAUUCGAAAAACUCAUGGCAAUUAAUUUAUAACAAAGCAAUAAAUUAUUUAUAAAAGUAAGGAAUUAAUUAUUUGUUGAUGAAAAAAGAGUUCAUUCAAGAGUAUAAAUAACUUUUUGAAAAUGGCAAAUUAUUAAAUUGA